AUGGAUAUUACUUCUACUUUGUUUGCUGCUCAAUCUAUGGAUCUUAACUCCCGGUCAGCUGCAGAAGCCAGUCUUAAGCUAUUCCAGGAGCAAAAUCUUUCCGCUUUUCUCCUGUCCUUGUCAGCAGAGCUCUCAAGUGAUGCAAAGCCACAAGCGUCUAGGGUACUUGCUGGUAUUAUUCUUAAGAACACAUUGGACUCGAAGGAUUCUGAAAAGAAGGAAUUACUGAUUCAACAAUGGGUGAACCUUGAUACAUCUGUCAAAAUGAAGAUCAAAAAGUCUUUGCUUACAACACUGGGAUCUUUGGUGGCUGUUGCAAGGCACGUCACAUCACAAGUCAUUGCAAAGGUUGCAUCCAUCGAGGUACCCCGCGGGAAAUGCCCUGAUGACCUCAUUGGCAUUUUACUAGUCAACUUAAAGGAGCAGGCUGCAUCUGCUCCACUGAAGCAAGCAACUCUAGAAGUGUUUGGGUAUGUAUUUCAGGACAUUCAUCCUGAGAACUUGGACCAGGAUCAAGCAAGUGUUAUUCUGACUGCUGUGGUCCAGGUAGCGAGUGAGGCACAUCUAAGCUCUGAAGUACGUCUCACAGCAGUUAAAGUUCUAUACAGUGCUCUUGAUUUUGCUUAUAGCAGCUUUGCAAAAGAUAGAUCGAGAAGUGACCUUAUGAAUUCAAUUAUCGGUACUGCUGUAUCUGAAGAUAAGAACAUCAGAGCCGCAUCAUUUGAAUGCCUUGUUGCAAUAGCAUCCAAAUAUUAUAUGCACUUGAAGCCUUAUAUCUCAGGCAUAUUGAAACUGACAGCUAGAGCUAUGGAAGAUGAUAAAUCAGUGGCACUUCAAGCUAUCGAGUUCUGGUGUAAUAUUUGCACUUGUGAACAGGUUGAAGUCCAAGAAACUUAUGCAGAAUUUGAUGAUGCUAAUUCUGUUGUGAACUAUCAUUUCAUUGAAUCGACAUUCCGUGAACUUGUUCCAAUGCUUCUAGGAACUCUGUUGAAGCAAGAGGAAGAUAAAGAGCAAAAAGGUAGUGUAAGGAAAGUUUCCACGAGUGGUAUGGUGUGCCUUGGCCUCAUUGCUAGAAUUCUUGGGGAUGAAGUUCUUCCUCAUAUGGUGAAAUUCAUUGAUGAUAACAUCGAGGGGCCCGAAUGGUAUUGCCGCAGGGCAGCUACUUUUGCACUAGUUUCUAUUCUUGUAGGACCCUCUGUUGAGGAACUUGUUCCCAUGGUACGGAAGAAGCUUGAUUGCUUGCUCAAUAGAAUGGAAGACGCAGACAAGGAGGAAAAAGCCACCAUUGCACGGACUAUUGGGCAGAUAUUUGAGAUUUUGCAUUCUCCAGCCAGUGCAAAUAUAAUCAUAACUAAUAAAAAUUGUCAUCGUAUCAUGAAUGUGCUGCUAGAAAGUAGUAAAGGUUAUCCAGAAGUGACUGAAGAAGUCUUUCGAGCCAUAUAUUUUCUUGCGCAAGGAUACCAAGAUGAAGAGUUGUUGCCUGAGCUUGCACCUUAUAUCGAACGAGCUAUCAAUGCUCUCAUUUCUGCUUUGGAUUGUGCUGAUAAGACAAAUUUCAGUCUUCGCACGUCUGCUUAUAGAGCACUGAAUGAAAUUGUGAGAGUCAGCAAGAUACAUGAAAAUCCCGACAUUAUAGGAAAACUAUUGUAUGAUAUCAUGGAAAGAUUGAACGGAACAUUUGAUUUCCCAAUACAAUCAGCAGACGACGUUAGGAAUCAAAACGAUCUACAGGCUUCUCUGUGUGUUCUAUUGCGGAUCAUCAUCCAUAAAUUGAGUAACUUAGUUGACAACUCCAUUAUUCCUGUCGCUGCUGACAAUUUGAUGCUCCUGUUUUUCCGUGUGUUCAAUCACCGCACUUGUGGUUCUACUGUACAUGACAAGGCUAUGCUAGCUACUGGUGCUCUUGCUUAUGCCAUUGGUCAAGAUUUUGAGAAGCACAUGCCUAAAUUAUUGCUGAACUAUAGUGAAUACCAACUCACCCCUGUCUCUCUUGGGGUACUAGGUAAUAUUUGUCAUGUCUUGGAGCAUCAAAUGUUGACAUCCUCUGUGAAAGUUAUGGAUGUUUUUAAAAAGGCUCUCUCAAACCCGAUGCUUGAUCGGUCUGUCAAACCGGCAAUUUUUUCAUGCUUUGGAGACCUUGCCCUUGCCAUAGGCGAGCAUUUUGACGGAUACCUGCCGACUGUUAUGGAAAUGCUUAAAGAAGAUGCCGACCUUGGUAUUGAUAAAGAGGAUGUUGGUUACCGCAACCAGCUUAGAUGGGCAAUCUGCAGGGCAUACAGUGGUAUACUAAAUGGUUUUAAGGGCCCAAAAGCUCGGCUGAUAGAACCUUAUUUAAGCUGUAUGUUGUCUUUCUUUCGAAAGGUCUGCGAUGACCCGAUCAGUGAUAAGAGUGUGGAACGCGCGGCGGUUCCUGUCAUCCAUGACUUGCAGGCCACAUUUGUGUCGCAGGCCCAGGAAAUGCUAGAUCAACUGGGCGGCUCUGAUCUCUAG